UUCACAGAAACACGACGCUGAAGUGACACAAGGCCCCCGACGUUCCUCCCAUCGAUCGCUUCCUCCUGUGUUCAGGUGUGUGGAAGAAUCCGUCUGGGACAUAUCAGCCCGUGACCCGAACCUGAUCGCUUCAAUCCAUCCAUCCAUACACCCGACCCUCCAUCCAUCCAUCCAUCCAUCCAUCUUCUCUGGUUCAGUCCUACAUCUCUCACUCCUCUCCGGAUCAUCACGCUCUUCUGCACCAGACUGAACUCCAUGGACCAAUCAUCAUGAGACUCGGCACCAGCUCCCUUUCCCUGCUCCUCCCCCUCCGGCAGUCCCCGCCCCUCCCUCUGCUCGGUCGCUGCUGUCGGUCAACGCUCUCGGCCAAUGGCGGCGCAGCGCUGUGCAGACGCCUCAGCACGGACGGCCCCGUCCCUCGGCCUGCGACCGGUCAGGACUCGGUGGAGGUGUUGGGCCAGUCCUACGCCCGCGAUGACUUCACCAACGUGACACCAAAGAUCUUGGCCAAGGUCGGCCGCAACCUCCACAACCAAUCCCAUCAUCCUCUGUGGCUGAUCAAAGAGCGAAUCAAAGCUCACUUCUACAGCUCCUACAUCGGUCGCUGGGGCAACCCGCUCUUCUCUGUCCAUGACAACCUGAGCCCCGUGGUUACCGUGGAGCAGAACUUUGACAGCUUGCUGAUCCCUCCCGGACACCCCAGCAGGAAGCGGGGAGACAACUACUACCUGAACAGGAAAAUGAUGCUUCGCGCUCACACCUCCGCCCACCAGAGGGAGCUGGUGAAGUCCGGUCUGGAUGCGUUCCUGUUGGCUGGAGACGUCUACAGGCGCGAUGAGAUCGACGCCAGUCAUUACCCAGUCUUCCACCAGAUCGAGGGAGUCCGACUCUUCUCCAACCACGAGCUGUUCUCGAAGGUGCAGAAUGGAGAGCAGCUGUCUCUGUUUGAAUGUGGCGGUAGGAGGACGCCCCAGAAACAGGAAACACACACUCUGGAGGCCGUCAAGCUGCUGGAGUUCGACCUGAAACACACUCUGACACGACUCGUCACUCACCUGUUCGGAGAAGAUGUGGAGAUCAGGUGGGUCGACUGUUACUUCCCCUUCACUCAUCCUUCCUUUGAGAUGGAGGUGCGUUUCCAGGGCAACUGGAUGGAGGUGCUGGGCUGCGGAGUGAUGGAGCAGGAGCUGCUGAACUCUGCGGGGGCGGGGAACAAGCUGGGCUGGGCUUUCGGUCUCGGGCUGGAGAGACUGGCCAUGGUCCUGUACAGCAUCCCGGACAUCCGGCUGUUCUGGAGUCAGGACGAACGCUUCCUCAGACAGUUCAGGCUGCAGGACGUCCACCAGCCCGUCUGUUUCCAGCCCCUCAGUAAAUACCCCCCCCUCCACAACGACAUCUCCUUCUGGCUGCCAGAGAGCGGAGAGAGCGAGGCGGGGCCAGAGAGCUUCACAGAGAAUGACUUCUAUGACCUGGUGCGCUCCAUCGGAGGAGACCUGGUGGAGAAAGUCUCACUGGUGGACGAGUUCACACACCCAAAGACCGGUAGGCGGAGUCAGUGUUAUCGCAUCAUCUACCGCCACAUGGAGCGAACUCUGACCCAGCAAGAAGUUCGACUCGUCCACGAGCAAAUCGAACGCUCCGCCGAGGCCGAGCUGGGCGUCCAGGGCAGAUACUGAGACACACACACACACACACACACAGACACACACACACACACACACACACAGACACACAGACACACACACACUCCGAGCUGUCACGCAGCUCCGUCACGUCCCUGAAGCUGUGAUGUUUCAGCACCAGUGGAAACGUGUGGACACGUGCUGACACAGCACAGACGUCAGCGUCAUGAUCCACGUUAAAUCUGGACAAACAGCAUCAGGUGAUUCAUCACAAACUUUCAUCAGAGUUUUUACGUGAACGAACCAAACAAACCUUCGUGUGACGGAAUCGACCUGCUUCAGUCUGAAGAGAGAAAAGGAUUUUUUUUUUUUUGUGUUGCCGUGAUCUGAACGUGUGAGUCUGUUGUGUUGACUGUUACUUUAACUGAAGCUGUGGUUUGUAGAGAAAAACAUUAAAACGAUUGGUCACAUGA